AGGUGCCUUCACCACCAUCUCGAAAGGCCAAAACGACAGCAAAUAACAGGAUUCAAGUUGCUGCAUUUAGACUUAUGAAAAAUAAUAGGUAUCAUUACCUAAUACAGGAUAAGCUUGCCAAGCGAUUUCCUGAUCAUACAGAAUUUACGCUUCGUACGCGUUUAAAGGAUAUUGCCGAAUUAGCGCGUAAGAAAGGAAAUGUUUACUCGGGUCCAAUAUGGAAAUUGAAACCGUCAAUCCGUCUUCCAAGCGAGGAAGAGCUUCGGAAAAUGUUGACACCGGAAAUGAUAUGCUUAGAGGAAAGCAUGAUGGUUGGCGAACGGCACUUGGCAGAUGCAGGAUACAAACCUUCAACCAACGAAGAAGAAGAUGGCGGUAGCAAGGCUAAAAAUGACGAUGAUGAUGUUCAGGAUGAUUCUAAGCUCGCCUUGGAAGAGUCCAAGCUACCGAUUGAACAACAAUUGGCGCCUUGGAUAACUACACGGAACUUUUUAAAUGCCACACAAACAAAUGCUAUGUUGAAAUUACAUGGCGAAGGUGAUCCAACAGGAAGAGGCGAAGGCUUUAGCUUCAUUAGGAUCUCUAUGAAAGAUAUUUUUUUGAAGGCUGGUGAAACUGCUCAAGAAAAACUUGGAUCUAAAGCUUACAAAUAA